AUGACGGCACUACCAAGUGUUGUUGGCUUAGCUGCAAAGCAAAGUAGGAUAAGAAAUAUUUCAAACACUGUAGUGAAAGUAAAGCAGAUCCUUGGGCGAAGCUCUAGUGACCCACAGGCAGAGAAAUAUAUCGCAGAAAGCAAAUGUUCAAUAAUUGAGAAGAAUGGAAAACUUCAAUAUGAAAUAGAUAAUAAAUUUAUUAACCCAGAAGAUGUGGCAAAACUAAUUUUCAGUAAAAUGAAAGAAACUGCUCAGUCUGCAUUGGGUUCAGAUGUAAAUGACGUUGUUAUCACUGUACCAUUUGAUUUUGGAGAGAAUCAGAAAAAUGCCCUUGGGGAAGCAGCUGCAGCUGCUGGAUUUAAUGUUAUGAGAUUAAUUCAUGAACCAUCUGCAGCUCUCCUGGCUUAUGGAAUUGGCCAAGAUUCACCCACUGGGAAAAGCAAUGUGUUGGUUUAUAAACUUGGUGGAACAUCGCUUUCUAUCACAGUCAUAGAAGUAAACAGUGGAAUAUAUCGUGUGCUUGCUACAAACACAGACGAUAGCAUUGGUGGAGUUUGCUUCACAGAAGCUCUAGCACAACACUUAGCUUCUGAAUUUCAGAGGUCUUGUAAACAUGAUAUUAGGGGAAAUCCCAGAGCCAUGAUGAAGUUAAUGAACAGCGCUGAUGUUGCAAAGCACUCGUUAUCAACCCUGGGAAGUGCAAACUGUUUUGUAGACUCAUUGUAUGAUGGAUUGGAUUUUGAUUGUAAUGUGUCCAGGGCCAGGUUUGAACUUAUCUGUUCUUCGCUUUUUAGUAAAUGUGUAGAAGCAAUUAAAAAGCUCUUACAGCAAGUUGGAUUUACAGCAGAUGAUAUUAAUAAGGUAGUUCUGUGUGGUGGGUCGGCUCGAAUCCCAAAGCUACAGCAGCUGAUCAAAGACAUCUUCCCAACUGUGGAGUUACUGAAUUCAAUUCCUCCAGAUGAAGUUAUUCCCAUUGGUGCAGCCAUAGAGGCAGGAAUUCUGCUAGGGAAAGAGAAUCCUUUGUUAGAAGAAGAAGCACUCUUUAUUGAGUGUUCCGCCAAAGAUAUUCUUCUUAAGGGAGUAGACGAGUCAGGGGCUGACAAAUUCACAGUGCUAUUUCCAUCAGGGACACCAUUACCAGCUCGAAGGCAGCACACCCUGCAUGCUCCUGGAAAUACUUCUUCUGUAUGCCUUGAACUAUACGAGUCAUUGGGGAAAAGUCCCAUGAAUGAAGAAGGUAAAUUUGCACAGAUUGUACUCCAGGAUUUGGAUAAAAAGGAGGAUGGCCUACAUGAUAUACUAACUGUACUCACUAUGAAAAGGGAUGGGUCCUUGCAUGUUACCUGCACAGAUCAAGAUACCGGGAAGUGUGAAAUCAUCACUGUUGAAGUGGCGUCAUAGUCUCUUUUUGAAAGGCAACAUUUUUCUAAGUUGAUUUUUGUCUCUUGUUGGCUUUUCUGCCAAAGUGGUGACUCUCUCUGAGAUGUCUUCAAUGAUUCUUAGAGGCUCUAAUAAACUGAAGUAAAACAUUAAUUUGC